AUGUCUUCGCAGUCUGGCUACCCGAUUUCUCCUCCGCCGGUGCCAGACUCGUCCACUAAUUCUGGGGGAGGCGUCCGCAGGCACCACACAAUUUCCGCUUCAUCUCGUGCGAACCGGCCGACUUCAAAAAUCGACAUCUCGGAACUGGAGGACCCACAAGCAGAACAGCUAUGGAAUGACGACGAGCCUGUUGAUCAAGACUGGGUUGGAGGUAUUGGUGCAGUCGGUGAAAAGUCCUCGUUGCACAGGCAGGCUUCGCUGCCCACUCGGUACCACCGUGCAUUCGGCGGUCAACCAGGAUCACACGCUCCGAGAGCCCUGAAUAGUUUAUCGGCCAUCGCAGGCCAUGAGGGUGAGGAAGAAGAAUGGGAGAGAGAGAUGAGGGAUUUCCGGGACGAGGAGCACGGAGUGUCUGUCUCCGAUCACGGCCAUCAGGCGGUCGACCCGGCGUCGUCGUCCGCCUCCCCUCUGUCGCCGCACUUUGCGGGUGGACUUCCCCAUGGGCCGUCUCCGCCUCCCGCUGGUAGUGGCGGUGCAGGCGUCCGCAGACACCAGAGUCUUAAUUAUCCCAAUGUCACCCACAACAUGAGACAAAUGACGGGUCUCAAGCGUGCCGGCACCAUACAAGUAGGCAGCAAAGGACACCAGGGCGUUGCCUAUAGUGGUGCACAGACUCCUAGUCCCACCAACGCUGAGGAGGAAUAUGACGACGACAGCGUUCAUGCCGAAGAGGAUACCUACUUCGGGUUACCUGGGCAACAAGGACAGUACCCUGGCAGUCCCAUGGGCAGAUCCUCUCCCUGGAACACGCCCGGCAAUGAUUGGCGCGGCCAAGCCGGCGGGCCUCAGUUUGGGGGUUCUGCCAGCGGUAACGGUGGCAUCGAUGACGUUUCCCGUGCACUGUCUGCCUUGGAGAUCAAUCAGCAGUACGGCAAUAUGGGUAAUUUCCAGCAGGGACAGUCGUCGCACCCGCCUCGCUUCAAUGCGUCGCAGACCAUGCAGGUCGGUGGCAUGCGCAAUGGCGGCAGUAACAGUGGUCCCGCGCGUAAACUGCAACUCAACACCGAUGUCGAUGGGCGCAGCACCCCAACCGCCCAGGGGUCGGUCCAAAGCGCAUCGGCCUACAUCCCGCCGAUUGGGCAUGGAGUGUCCUCUGGUCAACGUGGUGACCGGGGUGAGGAGCAUCACGGGAAUCGUCGCGCUUCGCAGCCGAGUCUGCACAAUGUUUAUCAAGGUCAAUCAGGCAAAAUCGGAAGUGGCGGGAACGGCGGUAUUCCCAGCGUCCCUCCUAUCCCUUCUCAGUACCUCAACCAAGGGCCGCGCCUGGGCGUCGUUAGUCCCGCCGGUAGUACAGGAACUCAGAGCAGCCAGUCUGCCAGCCGUGGACAUGGCAGAAAUGACUCCCAGGGUGGAUCUAACGAGGGAUACAUUGGCUCACCCAUCGAUGUCCCGACCCUCAUUGCUACUAAAGGCUACAAUCCUGUCGAUUUCGAUACCCGACCUCUAUUCGCCCGCUAUUUUGUUAUCAAGUCUUACACGGAAGACGAUGUUCAUAAGUCUCUUAAAUAUGAGAUCUGGAGCUCCACCGAUCCUGGCAACAAGAGACUUGAUAAGGCGUUCAAGGAGUGCUCCGGCAGAGGCCCCAUUUACCUUUUCUUUAGUGUCAAUGCUAGCGGUCAUUUCUGCGGAAUGGCGGAGAUGCUGACGCCGGUUGAUUAUAGCCGCAGCAGCACAGUGUGGGCCUCAGAUAAGUGGAAGGGCGUUUUCAAAGUCAAAUGGAUUUUCGUCCGCGAUAUUCCCAACUCCAACUUAAGGCAUAUCAGACUCAACAAUACGCAGGAACGCAAGCCCGUUACGAAUUCGCGCGACACUCAGGAGUUGCUGCCUGAUGCUGGUCAGGAGAUGUUACGCAUCUUCCACACCCACCCGGCACGGACUUCCCUCCUGCAAGACUUCGCGUUUUAUGAACUGCAAUCGAUGCAAAAGGUCCAGGCCGUUCAAGUACAGCAGGGUGCUUCCUCACCUACUCAAACUCCGAUGGGACUGCAGUCGACUGGUCAGUCUCAAGGUCUUUCCACUUCGACCUCUCCCGGCCAGCAUCCAUUCGCCAUGUCGAACCCUGCUGCACUUGCGUACGCUGCGCAGCACAUGGGCAUGCAACAAAUGAACAUGAACAUGAUGGGUAUGAACCCGCUCAUGCAGAUGCAGAUGAACAUGGGCAGUUUUGCGAACCCGCAUGCGAUGCAGAGCGUCAUGCGGCAUCCCAGCCCCGGACCCAUGUCUGUCGUUGGCGGGCAGAACUUUAUGGGCUUGGGCGGUAUGCCCGGCUUCUGA